UUCGAGAAAAGUCUACCAGAGGUAAGAAUGAAUAUUGUCUCAUCCAGAAUAAAGUACAAAGAUGCGAAACAGCAGAUACAUGUGAACUUUGGCAGCAAUAGGACGAGCAUUGAUGUUCGAAUUAUCUUCCCAUCACCACUGGACCCAUACUCGUGUUCAUGGGUUUCAUCACUUCAGGCUUUCCUACCACAUCAAACUGACACGACGUGGUAUAACAGGAAUGCCGUUCAAAGCUGCGUUAAACCCAUUGUAACUAUUCAGUAAUGACGGAUAUAACUCUGUAGGAUUCAACUACGUUGUGUCACACUAAAUCAGUCAUACCUUAUCUUUUCAGGGUGUAAUACCAUGACGACUGAAUACAACGAAAAUAUGGCAGAGUAUGGCACAAGGGAUUGAUAGUUGCUGUGACUGUGAAGAGGUAGCAACAGCCUUCUCCCCUUGUCGUAAUGGAGCCUAUUUGUUCUUGAUACACCUGGAUGUUUAUCUUUUUUCUUCUAAGGUGAAACAUAACAAGGAAAAACAGAGAAAGUUGAAAGAAAUUGAGAAGAAGGUAUCAGCAUUACGAAAUACGUCAGGUGGAGAGAUCCUUGUUCAUCUGUGUGGUCAAGACACAGGAGACAGGUACCUUGGGCACUUUGACAACUUCACAGAUUCCUGCCUAAAGAAUUUAAUCCCUGACGGAAAACUGUUUACUGAUGUUUAUAAACGUCAAUGGUUGUGUGAUGUUAUUUCCAGUUUUGAAGAUCACCCUGUACUUCUCCUCAGUGUAGAAAAAUCAAAGUUUGUAACUACAGUACAUUUCUACACAAAAGUCCCAUCGGAUUGUAUGAUUGAAAAUGCUUCGACCAAUGUGAUUGUCUCACUCCUGUCUAGAAAGGUGAACCCAGCAGAGACAGAACCAACACUAAGAGGAAUUGACAACUGUACACAGCAACUACAUGAAAACAGAAACAUUGAACUUAAAAGUGUGUUUUUGAAGAAGGAUCGAACAUUUCGUGAUAUUUCCUCAUUUGUUGAUUACAUCUGGACAGAUCUGAGAUUCAGAGAAAAUUUAUGUUCCAUGUCAAAACUUGAGAGUGGGGGUUCUUUCUUCGUGGGAAUAAAUGAAAGCAAUGGAGGGCGGACAUACGAAUCCAGGCAAAUAUAUCCCAAUGGUUUUCCCUGCCCCUGGAGUGUUGAGGAGUUCCAAACGUCUUUGGAAGUGAAAUUACAGUGUGACGCAUCCUAUCAAAGUCCAGACGGAACUCUGACUCCAGUCCCUGCUAGCAUCAUAGAGGUCGCACUGUACAACUCUCCUGUGCAGGAAAAUGCUAAAGUUUUAGAAAUUGCAGUCGGGUACUCUGCGGGUAUUAUAUUCUAUAAUAAAAAGGGGCCUGAAACUUACACUAUUGACAAUAAGGGACAAAUACGUAGAUUGGAGCAUUGUGAAUGGUUGGAGAGAAUAAAGGCCUUUACUGUUGGUGCUACACAGUAGCAGUGAUUUGAACAUGUCUAGCCACAGAAGUGAUGAAUCUUUAGUUUCAUACCCUUCGUCUUUCUCUGACCAAGAAUUCCAUGCUUUUGGAAGGGUUUCAUUGGAUUAUACUUGUCCUGCUGGAGAUUCCGACAACAAUGUGGAAGUGCGUAGACCAACUUCAUUUAACCGAAUCGGGACAAUACAAGAAGAGGCAUCUACAGAUACUGAAACGGCAACUGAUGCGCAUCUGUCUACCACAUUCACCAGUAGCUUAUUUCAGAAGGACACAUAUGACACAGGUGCAUUUGUCAUCUACCCUAAAUGUAUGCAGAGGAUGUUGUCAAGCGAGUACCCAAAGAUUGUGUCAGAACUUGAAGAAAUAUAUCGACUGGGAGCAUUUAUCUACAUCGGAUCGUCUUUCCAAUGUCUGUCUCCUGUUACCCAAAAGUACUUUCACAAAAUCAACACGACAUUGAUAUGUGACAUGUGCAUUUUUCCAACGAACAAGCCAGUAACAUUGAUCACUUUUGGAAAAGACAACAAAGUGAAGUAUCACCUUGACAACUACAAUUUAGAAAUGAAAAGUAACUUGGAACAAUGGAUAGGCAACACAAUCGCUGAAUUCAAAGCCUUGCCUGUGGUUGUAACUGCUGAAGACAUUCAAAUCAGAGGAAACGUCGAGCGCCUUAUUGCAAAACAGGAAUCAGUGACAAAAGUUCUUCCACUACCGGAGGCUCAACUGAUUUCGGCUGUUGAAGCCUUUCUGCAGAAACUGGCAACCUGCAAGUUCGUUCAACGUUUUCAUGCCCCUCCUGGUGGAACUGUAUAUCUUGUUAAGGACUUAUUUGAAGAGUUCACUGAACUCAUGGAAGAGACCAAACAAACAGUAAUUGUGUAUCCUAAACAUGCAUCAGGAUAUACAAUACUUCUGAUUUGUGAACUAGCCUACAGGUUAGCUUUGAUUGGACACACAUCUCUUCAUUCGAAAACAGACGUGAAAAAAGAAUUUGAAAAACUAAGCGAAGCACAGAACAUUUCAAUAUCGAUCACUUACGGCAAACAUGUUGCUGAUGAGAACUUGCAAGAAGGCGACGUGCUCUUGUCAUCGUGGGCUGGGCGUACGAUUCUAUUUCGAACGGAGAUGAGAGACAUUGAUGCUGCUCGAAGAUCCUUGGCACUAGCUAUUGUUGAUCGAAAAGCAAAGAUACAGCAUGAAAAAGGACGCAAGAGAUUGCUGGACCUAGUUUGUUUGAAUUUGAAGAUGAUGGAGGAACAAUUAGAAAACACUCUGAGUCAUGCUGAUUCUAAAUCGCAAAUAGCACAACUGGAAUCGUUAACCAUAGACAUACAAGACAAAUUAACAGAGAUUGUCAGUGUACACAAUAAACAGUAUUCGAUGCAGAGACCACACAGUGCAGCUGAUGAGAAACAUGGGUUACCGACACUGAAGACCAAGGCAGGCUUUGAUGAGAGUAAAGUACAACAAGAUAACUAUAUACAAUCUACCGAAUUUGAGAUGCCACAAUGCAGUAAUCCUGCCAAUACUUCACAAAUCACUAACCAGGUUACAUCCAGGCCACCAAGACAGGACAGCUUCUCCAAUGACAGCAGUAAUCCUGGUGAGGUGUCACACAUGGAACCAAAAUACGAAGGAGACCAAUCAUUCUCUCGACCCAAUUUGCAUCAAGUGGGUGAAUCACGCCUCACAAACGAAGAGACACCAAGAUCGCCAGAGCAGAAUAUGGAGGACCUCUGUGUCGUACCCCAAAAUAUUGUGAAAAGAAUGAGUGAAACUUUCCAGUGAUCUCACCAACUGUUGUCUAUAUUGGUAAACACCAUCGACAGUUAUGACUGUACCAACCAUGGUAACUGAAACACACUCACAUCAACCAGUAUAUAAUGCUUGUAAGAGACAGCAUUUAUCGGACAGACAGACUCUUUUUCUUGGCUGGUUGGAUUGUUGAGCAUGUUUCCAGUCAUUAGUUUGCAUGGUCAAGAUUGUAACAAUUACCUCUGAUACGCUGUAGAUUAUUCUGGCCACGGGGAUGACAAACGUUAUUCAUUUUCAAGUUUCAUGGUAUUCCAAACAGACAAUCACUAUAUUGACAGAAAGCAUAACUGAGAGCACAGCAAUUGCAUGUCAUGUUAUAUUCCCUGAACCGUUUGUUAUACAAAUAGGAAACAUGAUAUAUAAAUUACUCGAGUACAAAGUAUUAACCAGUGAUAUGUAUAACUGGUUCUGGACCAUAUACAUGUUGUAUGAGAACUCAGUUCAAUUUGUAGAUGACUUACUUAUGAAUGUAUACGUAGUCAGGGCAGGUUUGAUACCCAAGUACAUUGUUAAGUAUUAAAUUUCAAUCUGACCGAGACUCGAUGAUUAACACAAUUCCGCAAUGUACGUUUCCGACUGUAUAUGUACAAGAUGAUACCAAGUGUUUCGCGAAUACAACAAACAAGAAAGUCACCCACUCUGGGAUACGUGUUGCAGGACUUUGCAAACAUAUGAUUGUCAUAUUUACUGCUAUCCUACUUGGGAACAAGCGACAUCAUCCUCAAAUGUAUUGAACAGAUAAUGUGAUUGUGGCUUCUCAACACAUGAUAUAGCACACCACCUGGGGACCUAUAUUGACGCAGUGUAUACUAAACCUUCAUCUUCAAACAGAGAUUACCCAGUUUUCGCCUUUCAAAGUUUCCCCAAUGCAUCAAUCAUAUUGCCAUGGCACUCUUAAAAUAAGAUAAUUACAUAUUUAGAAUAAAAACCCACCUGCGGAAUAAUCAACGUCUCCUGCCAGUGCGCACACAAGCAAUCUAGAUCUGGUGGUAAUCAACAAUUAGUUAAAUACAUGAUAUCAUUUUCCCAUGGAAACCUGACGAGCAUGAACCGCCUAAGUGUAUCCCUAGGCCUUGUGAUUAAAUAUAUUUUGCUUGACUGUGUAGCAAUCGCAAGGUCGUAUUAUGAACCAGCAAGUUGAGAGAUAUGUUGCCCUGUUCGUGAUUGAUUUUGAAAUACUUCAAAGAAAUUGUUUUGUGCUGUAAAUAGUGAAAAUGUUAUUGUUUUAUAGUUCAGGUGAUUGUCUGGAUAUGUUUUACUUUCGACGUAUGGUAUGUUAUGUUUCAUCUAUAUUUACCAUUUUCUCUUACUGUAUAUCCUUUUAAUGAAUGUAUAAUUUGCUCUGGUCGAUAGAUGGCUGAGAUAUUGCCAUUGCGGCGUUAAUUUCACUCACUAACAUUUCUGUUCAUGGCCAUGUUUAACAAUGUAUUGUUAUUAUGACAACAUCUGUGACAAGAAAUCCCAAAACAAACCUCACAAAGAAGAGCAGAUUCAUGUAGGUGAACCCUUAGGGGGUCAAUGUACACAUAUUAACUAUAUUUUUAUUUCCAAGGUACCACACACGUAUCUUCUGAAAAAGAAAACCAUUUUUGCUAAAAAGGAUAAACUGUUUUAAAUCCCGUUUAUAUUAAUGUUAAAUUUUAGCUCAUCUGACCGAAAGUCAAGUGACCUUUUAUUGUGGGGGUUGUCUUCUCUGAAAUUACAAGGCCUAUGUAGCUGAAACUUUGUAUGUAUGAUCCCUUAAACUUCCAAUUCGAUUUUGAACAUGGCUGAAACUGCGACCAUAUUGAAAAAAAUCAUUUGAAGGCCAUUACCAAGCCAUUUCUGCAUGCAUCAUGCGCUGACCUUUUACUUUGCAUACAUCCUCUUGUUUCUCCUCUGAAACUAGAAGACCGAUGGUAAUGUAAAUUUUUCAUGAAUGUUCUUACUGCUGUGAAGCGUCAGACAACGAACACAUAUUUUUUUAUGCAAAUUUUGUGAAUGGCGGGUCAAAGAUUUUCAGUGAUCCAUUCAUAUAUUUUUUAUUCACAUAUUUUGCCUUUUACACCCGAUGGAAUCUGUUUCGUCUGGCGUUUAGCUAUGAUGUCUCUUAUGUUAAACACUGUGCCUACCAGAUAAAGAAACCCUUUAAUUGAAAAUUUGAAUCCUUUUGAUAUUUAGAAAGGUGUAUUUAUAAGUGGGGCCUAACACAUAUGUUCCAUUUUUUGCGAUAAUGACCAUGAUUCAACCUUUACAGCGUAAUAGUUUGUGUCACCAAAGAGAAAAUGAGAAAAGAGAAUUUUUUUAUUGGUAAUAAAAUUUAAAGUAAA